UAUAAGUAAACAAACAAAAAAAAACGAUUAUUAAAAAAUAGUUUACUCCAUAUUUAUUAUAAUUCUCUUUAAGUUUACUAUCGCUUCAAUGUUUAGAGGAGAUAGUGCACAUUCUUUAAGCUAUGAGCAACAAGCUAAAUUCAUACAGGAUAGAAUUACUAGCGUGGAAAAGAAUUUUGGAGAAUUAUGUGUGGCAUUUGGAGAUUAUACACGAAAAACAGCCAGGCUUCGCGAUAUGGGUGACGAAUUAACAAAAGUACUGAAAGAGUAUGCAAAUAAUGAGAUCGUCAACAAAUCAUUGAGCGCUGGCCUUGAAAAUGUUUCCAUUACUCUCACCGCUAUAGAAGAAUACAGGAAUUGCGAGGUGCAACGUUUGGAAGCCAAGGUAAUAGGAGAACUUAGCCAAUAUGAAUCCAUCUGCAAACAUGCCAGAGAAGAAGUAAAGCACAGCAUAAGUGUAAGAGAAAAAGAGCUUGCGCGAAAAAAGGUGCUGGAUAAGACUAGAGAACGACAACCCUUUAACCGGCAACAAGUCACAUAUGCUGAAACCGAGUUACAAAAGGCGUCAGCAGAAAUGUCCCGUACGGCUAAAGGACUCAGCGAACAAACUGAAUUUUUUGAAAGACGUAAACUCCAGCAACUUAAAAGUCUCCUAACAGAUUUUGUCAUGAUUGAAAUGACGUUUCACGCAAAAGCUGUAGAACUGCUUACUGUAGCGUAUCAACAAAUUGCGGAUAUAAACGACAAAGCUGACCUUGAGCGAUUGAACACAGGUCUUUCAGAUAACGAGGAGCAAGCGAACUUUAGAAGAAAGUUGCGUUCUCCGGAGAAACAAGUGAACACCGGUAUAUCGGCCAGGUCUUCUUCGCUAGCUUCACUAAUGACUACAUAUUCACCAUCAAAAGACAAUGACAACUCAUUGGUAAACAAAAACAUCAAAAGUCCUGAAAAAACUGGCAUGAAUAGGUCCACCUCACUCGCUGCUCUCAUGAAUCAAUCGUCUUCCAAAGAUGAAGAUCAAACCACGGAUACUGAGGAAUCUGAAGAAGAGGACACUUCGGAAGAGACUGAAUCCCGAUAAAUAUAUAUUUUAGUGUAAGAUAUAGGUAUAUAUUUUAUUUAGUAUCAUUGGCUUGCUUUAUAUUCAUUGCAACUUCGUACGUAUACAAUCAUAGCUAUGUAUAACAAAACAUACCAAAGUUACAAAAAUCAUGAACAGCUGAGUAUAGUGUGUCUUGUAAUAAAGUACAAUUUGUAUAGCA